ACAGCAGGGGAGGGUGCGGAGAUUCGGCUUGAACAGUUACGAAAAACAAAACACCAAACCGCAGUUACACCAAACGAAACAACAGUGGACGUUUCACUUUAAGCCCAUUAAUUUGGAGAUCGAGCUUUGUGGUGCUGUGGCGAGGCCUUUGCCAGGAUUGGCUCCCUGAAAUAGGCAACUCAGUGGAUGGUGAGAGGAGAGUAAAAGGAGGGGAAGGAAGGAAGAGGGGGACAGGCAGCUUGCCUAUAGAAGUCUCCCAGUGCUCUAUUUUGUGUUCCACUCUAUCUCGCCGUUGUAUUACCUUUUGAUCUUGUUUUUUCCUGCUUCAUCGCAUUUCGUCAUGGACAAGUCACUGUUUUGGAGUGUGGUGAUACCGCAUUCAUAACUUCAGAGAUUUACAGGAUACAGGCACGCUCAGAUGGGAGGGGGGGAGGCUUGGAUUCAAGCCACACUCGGACUAGUCGUGUGAAUUAGCUGUUUGUUUCUGUAAUAGACAAUUAGACAAGGCAAUGAUGUGGUUUAUGAAUGGAGUCGUUUGUGCGGUUGUACAGCUGAUCGUUUGAGCGAACAAUUUGAGCAUUUCCUUCCACGGAGACCAGCUUGUAUUUGUUUAUUUGGAACCAUGGAAGUAACGUUCAAAACUGCCAUUUAUUUUCUUGAUGUCUGUUACUUGCAGAAAAAAAGGACACACAGCUCUUUUCCUUUAAAUGUGUUUGCAUAUUUUACUUUAUUGAGUAGUGCACAUGACUGAGAGUGGGCUCCUUUUACAUGUUGAUUUUUUUGCAUGAAUUGUGUGGUUAUAUUUUGAGACUGGCAUGCUUUUGAAGCCAACAGUACCGGGACUGUGCGCAAUGUUGCAGACGAUCUAUGAGACAGAAUCCUGCUUCUCCUCAGACAACACGUCCAGCCGAGAGCCUCCCGUAGAGCUGCUACCUCAGUCUAGAAGCACCAGCAUGCUUGGUACCGCCGUGGAUGUGAAGACCUUGCUACCGUCUGGGAUGCAGAGCCCAGUAGGAGGUGAUCAGGGCGGGGGUACCGGUGGGCCGGUGGACCUGCGAACAGACCCGCGUCUGAGUGCUGUGGAUCCGUCGCUGAGGGAAAAACAGCUUCAGCAUGAACUGCUCUUACUCAAACAACAACAAGAGCUCCAGAAACAGCUGCUGUUUGCUGAGUUCCAGAAACAGCACGAGGUUCUGACCCGCCAACAUGAAGUGCAGCUACAGGAGCAUCUUAAGCAGCAGCAGGAGAUCCUGGCAGCGAAGCGUCAACAGGAGCUGGAGCAGAAGAGAAAGCUGGAACAGCAGCGUCAUGAAGAGAUGGAGAAACAACGACUGGAACAACAGCUCAUCAUGCUACGGAACAAAGAGAAAGGCAAAGAGAGUGCCAUAGCCAGUACUGAGGUCAAACUGAAGCUACAGGAGUUCCUGUUGAGCAAGAAGGAACCCGGCCCUGGUGGACUCAACCAUUCCUUCUCUCAGAAGUGCUGGGGGGGGCACCAUAAGUCCCUGGAGCAGAGCUCCCCUCCGCAGAGCAACACACCAGGAACGCCCCCCUCAUACAAACUCCCUCCACUGCUGGGGGCCUAUGAGGGCAAAGAUGACUUCCCUCUCCGUAAGACCGCUUCUGAGCCCAAUCUGAAGGUACGUUCACGGUUAAAACAGAAGGUGGCUGAGAGGAGGAGCAGCCCACUGCUCAGACGGAAAGACGGUACCGUGAUCAGCACCUUCAAGAAAAGAGCCAUUGAGAUAUCAGUGUCCUCUAUGUGCAGCAGUGCUCCUGGCUCGGGGCCCAGUUCUCCAAACAGCUCUAACAGUGCCAUUGCUGAGAAUGGCUCCAGCGGCUCCGUCCCAAACAUCCACGCUGAGCAGUUACGUUCUCUGCAUCAGUCUCUGACCGGGGAUGGGACACUGAGUCCCCUGAGCCUCUACACCUCUCCAUCUCUGCCCAACAUCUCUCUGGGACUGCCUGCUAAUGCACACAUCACGGCUCCUCAGAAUCUCGGUGGCCAGCAGGAUGCAGAGCGGCAGGCAAUCCAGAAUUUGCGUCAAGGUGGGGCACUUACGGGGAAGUUUAUCAGCACAUCGUCCCUGCUGGCGUGCCUGCCUACCGGGGCACCCCACGACCCCGAGCCUCCUUCCACCCCCAAUAGCCACAGUAGCCAUUCCUCACUUCUCCAUCAUGUACUACUGUUGGAGCAGGCUCGUCAACAGAGUGCACUUCUCGCAGUCCCUAUGUAUGGGCAGUCUCCACUGGUGACAGGUGAGCGGGUGUCCAACAACAUGCGCACAAUGAAUAAGUUGCCUAGGCACCGGCCACUGAGCCGCACACAGUCUGCUCCCCUACCGCAAACACCACAGGCCUUGCAGCACCUCGUAAUGCAACAACAGCACCAGCACUUCCUAGAGAAACAGAAACACUACCAGCUAAAUAAGAUCCUCUCUAAAGGUGCGGAGCUUCCAAGACAGCCUCCCACUCACCCAGAGGAGACGGAAGAGGAACUUACGGAAACUGCAGAGAUGCUUGAGGAGCGAGGGGAGGGGCUUGAUUGUGUUAGGGGGGGGUUACAGAAAGAAAGCUCUGGUGAGACCACACCCCCUUCUGAACGUCUGGUCCCGUUGAAGGGAGAGAGCACAGAAAGUGACUUGGAGGAAGAUGAUGAUGAUGAUGAAGCCAUUGAACUGAGGGAAUGCGAUGAAGAGGGCGCUCCCUAUGGCCAGUAUUUGGACCAGCAGCAUGUGCAGCAACUGAAUGUAUUCCAGGCCUCUCUGUCCAUCACAGGAAUGCCUCACAGACCCCUAGGAAGGGCACAGUCCUCCCCCGUCACUUCUAGUCUUAAAGGAAUGCCCAUGACAGAGAUACCCAUCAAACAUCUCUUUACGACAGGGCUGGUAUACGACACCUUCAUGCUAAAGCAUCAGUGCAUGUGCGGGAACACAAACAUUCAUCCCGAACAUGCUGGUCGCAUUCAGAGUGUUUGGUCGAGACUUCAGGAAACAGGGCUGCUUGGUCGCUGUGAGAGGAUCAGAGGAAGGAAGGCAACACUAGAUGAAAUCCAAACUGUGCACUCUGAGUACCACACACUGUUGUACGGCACCAGUCCCCUGAACAGACAGAAACUGGACAGCAAGAAACUUUUAGGUCCAGUCAGUCAGAAAAUGUAUGCUGUCCUGCCAUGUGGAGGAAUUGGGGUGGACAGCGACACGGUGUGGAAUGAGAUGCACUCGUCAGGUGCAGUGCGUAUGGCAGUGGGCUGCGUCAUUGAGCUGGCAUUUAAAGUUGCUGCGGGGGAGCUGAAGAAUGGUUUUGCUGUGGUCCGUCCUCCAGGUCACCAUGCUGAAGAAUCCACCGCCAUGGGUUUCUGCUUCUUCAACACAGUGGCCAUCACUGCCAAACUCCUGCAGCAGAAACUCGGAGUGGGCAAGAUUCUGAUCGUAGACUGGGAUAUUCACCAUGGAAAUGGGACCCAGCAAGCCUUCUACAAUGACCCCAAUGUGCUGUACAUUUCCCUGCAUCGCUAUGACGAUGGCAACUUUUUCCCAGGCAGCGGCGCUCCCGAAGAGGUGGGUGUUGGUCCAGGAGAGGGCUUUAAUGUCAACAUUGCCUGGACUGGUGGAGUAGAGCCACCUAUGGGCAAUGUGGAGUAUCUCACUGCCUUCAGAACGGUGGUGAUGCCCAUAGCCAAUGAGUUCUCCCCAGAUGUGGUGCUUGUGUCUGCGGGCUUUGAUGCUGUAGAGGGCCACCAGUCACCCCUGGGUGGAUACAACGUCACCGCCAAAUGUUUCGGCCAUCUCACUAAGCAGCUGAUGAAGUUGGCUGGUGGCCGUGUGGUUCUGGCACUGGAGGGAGGUCACGACCUCACUGCCAUCUGUGAUGCAUCCGAGUCCUGUGUGGCUACGUUGCUCGGAGACGAGUUGGAUCCUUUACCACUGACAGUCCUUCAACAGAAACCAUGUCCAAAAGCCACAGCCUCUCUAGAGAGAGUCAUUGAGAUUCAGAGCAAGCACUGGACAUCUCUGCUGAGCUUGGCUCCUACGGUGGGUCAGUCUCUAUUGGAAGCUCAGAAACGGGAGAAGGACGAGGCAGACACUUUGACCGCUAUGGCCUCUCUCACUGUGGACAAUGAUCAGAUAACCACCUCCACAGAAACCAGCAGAUCAGCAGAGGAGCCAAUGGAGGAGGAGCCUGUGUUGUAGAUGAGUGUACAGUACGUCACUGCUCCAACCUUCUUGUCCACGCCUGCUUGGCACUGGUCACCCUUACGUCACGCCUCAUGAUCAUCCUCCCAGCUUUUUGAUUGGCUUCCUCAGUCCUUCACUCAUUUCCAGGUGCUUGACAGACACGUUCACAGCCCGCCCACUUUCGCUUUCCUGAGGUUAAAACAUAGCAAAUCGCUGCCAAAAGGGGACAACAAAAGCAUGAUGGGUAAAAACAGGACCACUCCGGUGAGGAUUGCGCAGCUAACUGCUGGAUAGGCCGAAUAAUGGAGAACAGUUUGGAGAGAGGCCUUUGUUUUUAUUUUCUCUCAUUUGUUUGGACUGGGGACUUAAAGAAGAAAAUUUUAAAAUAGACGAGGAGGAACGGGAAAGGACAGCAUAUUCUGAGGGGCUGCAAAAUCUUUGUUUUCUGUACAAAGUAUAAGAAAUGUAUAAAGUCCUAAGAAAGCCAACAAGCAGCAAAAAUAUUUCAGCACAAAACACAAAUAUACACUCAUUUGCAAGAACAUUGUUCUUGAAAAGGGGAACCCAAUGUUCCGAUCGUGUUGAUACACCGUCUUUUGCAGACAAGUAUACUCGUUUACACUACUGUGUUGAUUAUUUGGUAUACUUGUUCAUGUGUAUAAUAUCCUGUUAUGAAAAGCACACAAACAUACCAGAACUAUAUAUAUAUAAAUAUACAUACAUAAGCAUAUAUAUGUAAUUUUGUGUGUACGGUAUACACAUUUUAACAUACAAAAAUAUAUAUAGAUACUUUAUAUCCCCUUUACCGAACAUUUGUUAUGAGCUGUGGUUGUACAGAAAAGAACCUGCAGUCUUUUGUGGAAAUGGAAGAUGAUGGUUAGCCAUUUUUCCCAAAAUUAUCUUCACAAUUUUUUUCUCACUCAGAGAAAAUAGUACUUUUUAGAACACAUGGCUUUGCUAUAACACGUUAGCACAUAAACAUUAAACGAAAAUAAUGGAGACCCAUCCAUUUUUUGAGAAAAGGUGUAAAAUACGAAGAACGGAUUUUCAGUGUGUCUAUCUUAACCUUCAGUGGAGAAUGGCGAUAGACACAUAAUGGUAACGUCUCCAGAAAUACUUUUUUUUCCAGAACUUGGUGCCUUUUAUACUAAGUAAAAUAUUUAAAACACCAAUACAUAACAAAUCACAAAUCCUCAGACUUAACUUUCAUUGAUUUGCUUGUUUUUCAAAUUGCCUUAAUUUUUUGAAGAAUGCAAAUUUUAGCCAUGACAAUGGAGAGCACAAAAAUCAUUCUUCUGCCCCAUUUUCUUUUUUCUUUCUUUCGCAUUGUUUUUUUUUUUUUCUUUCUCAUUGUUUAUUUCUUAGGAUGUACAUGUUGAGUUCUUGGUGAAAGACUUUGUUACAAUUUUUUAUAUAUAUAUAUAUAUAUAUAUUUACGAAAGAAUGAACGAAAAAAAUUCAACGAUUGUUUUAUUUAUCAGUCCUGUGCCGUAGACUAGCGCAAGACAUGAUUGUUUGGAAACACUGACAAUGUUAUGACCAACUUCUUAAUUUUUUUUUUUUCCAUCACCUUCCUUUGUAUUUUAUUUGUUUGGGUCCCCUACUCGUCAGCUUUUUUAUUUUCUUUAUUUACAUUGGCGAGAGAGUGUUAGUGGUUACUUUUUUACUGAAAAAUAUUUCCUUUUUUUUUGUACAAAAAUGUAAAAGAAAACUAUUAGAGUUCUGUAUCAGUGUUAAUUUUGUCAUUUGAUUUUAAGUAUUCUCUUAUAAAGAAUGUACAGUGUGGUACAGAUGCUCCUAAUAUUACCAAUGAUGUUUAGUUACGUCACUGUGCAGUGCAUUUUGCAUUGCUGUUUUUCAGUAUUUCUUGUUUUUUCAGGAUUUUUGGAUUAUUUUGUUUUUCUGGCAAUAAGAGUGACUACCACUUUUUUUUAACACUAAUAUAUUCUGCAAAGCUAUUGGUUACAUUUUCAUCAUCUUUUGAUAUAGCUUUUAUGCUAUUGAUAUGGUUAUUUUGCACCACACUAAUAGUAAUCGUUCAUAACUGUUGACCAUAUGUCGUCUAAAAGCCCUAUGCUGGUUAAUCACUUCUGCACUUGUGGGUGAAAUUCAAUUGCUUCUUUAUAAUGCUGAAAUAAUAACGUAAUCUAUCAUAACAUUUUCACUGUGUAAUAACGUAGCUUUUUGGGGGGCCAAAUUCCACUGCAUGGAUUUUAUCCACCGCAUCCUUUAGACAGCGAAGAAUAAAAAUGUAUUUAAUUCUUUGAUGUCAUCAUCUUCCUAGGUGUCUUUCUGGUUAACAGUGUUAAAGAAGCAUCAUAACUUGGUCUCAGAGGUGACCAGUGUUUGUUUUGUUUUUUUCCCGAUUGCCACUGUAAGAAUUGAAUGGCGAGUUGUUUUAGUUAGACUGAACUGGGUCUAAAGCACUAUCUUGCACUAUUUCUAUACUGUAGGUCCAAACCCAGCCAAACAUUUUCAGUUCUCAGACCCAAAUUUCAAGGCAUUAAACGCAAUGCAGAGUGAAUUAACUCAGCAAAUACACUUCAAUUGAGUGUGAACUCUCUCGUCAACGAUUUGCCCGCUCAGCAUUUUCUUUGUGUAUUUUCAUUGAUGAACUGAUGCGCAUUUCUUGACUCCGCUUUCGUUUGAUUGAUUGAUUUAGAGUCAGAAAUGUAUUUCAGGGUUCCGUUGGUUUUGGAUCUCAUGACAAAAUUAGGUACAUGCAUAUAUUGCCUGUUCUCUUAGACAGCCUAUGGGCAAUAACAUACAUUUUUAAAUUUCGCGCAUCACAACAGUGAUCGAAGAAAACUGGCCAGUUUUUCGCAACAAACAGUCCUCUACGAAGAGCCAUGUUAGCAACAUCAUCUGAUUAAGUAUUUACAAAACUGUUUUGCUGUAUGUUAAAACACUAUCAGCUGUUCAUUCUGUCUUAAACAGUCUCUUGUCAGUUGUCGCGUAUCUUUAGCAUGCAAACGGUUUUAUUGUCUUCUCUCGGUGGCGUUUGGUUAGGACAAACAUCCGCCUUUUGCAUGGAAAAACUGAAUUGAGGUUAAAGAGUUUGGAUUGUCAGACAGGAAACGAAACACUUUGUUAAAAAAUUUGGCUAAAGCUAGCCUCUGUACUUAGAUCCUGUAAUAUACACUAAGAGAAUUUCCCUCUUCUCUGUGGCUAUGGAAUGUGCUGUCUGCAACAGGAACUACUGUGAUCAGGUUUUGUAAUUUUUGGAUGUGGAUCACCAACCAUUUGUGCAGUUUUGUAUUUCCACCCUAUAUGGUCUCAAACAGUAUACUGAAUGUGUAGUUGGUGGUAAAAGCUUUUUCUCUGUUUCUUUUUCUUUCAUCUUUGAAUUAUUUGGACAAAUCAGCAGAUGUGUUGGCUCCUUUUUUGAGACCUAAACCACCUCCUUUGGUGUGUUGGAUUAAGCAUUACUUAAAGAGGGGAAAUAAUCGAUCAGAUGUAAUACAUGUAUGAUGCUUGGCUUAAUUGAACAAGGCACUUGGGAAGCAGGAUGUUUUUCCAACAUGGUCUCUUUCGCAAUGAUCUUUACACAAAGAAAACAAAUAUGUCAACAACAGGGCUUUACGAUGGACACCGGGAAACAUCUGUAUGUGUAAAAGACAUCAACAUUCACCAUGGAAGAUGGCUUUACUGUCUCUGCCACAUAUUUUCUUAUUCAGUACAUAUGUAUAUUUAUUGAUAAUUCACCUGUUGUGUAUAUGUAGUGACCUAUGAUCGUGAAGGUUCAAAGAGUGCUUGUAUAUUUUUUUUUUUUUACUUUUUGAAAGAGAGGUUGUGUCUCCUUCACUGUCCCUUCAUUUCUUUGCUGUUCGACAUUACUCGUUGUGAUUGGGUGUUUCAAUUUGUGAGAUCUUUUAAUCUUAAAUUUUCAAUAUAUUUUUUCUUUCUCUUUCUCUCUCUCUCUCUUUCUUGUCUAUCUUCUGGUCAUAUUGAUAUGCAGAAGUUCUGAAAUCAUCAAAGCACAUUCCCUGAUUUAUUGUGUUCUUUCAAUGCUUUCAUGUUGCAACAAUACAAAGGUGUGUAUACUAACUGCUACACACAUGUAUAUAGGGUGCAUAUAUGUGUACACAUGUGCAAUACACGCUAUUUGAGCAAUCUAUUACUGUGACUAUUAAUCAUUAAAAAUGGCUGUCCCUUUGAAUCCUACUGUUUUGUUUUGCUGAUCAGAAAAUUAUUAAUUGUGCAAGAGUUCACACACAGAGCAACAUUUUGGCAACUGUUGCUAAGCAACACUGCUUAAAUAAAGCGUUAAACAUAGGAAAAUUGGUUUAUGAAGUGGUGAUUUUCUUUGUUGUACUCAGUCUAACACAUUUUAUUUUCUUUUUGUUGUCUUCCAAUGUACAAGUUUGGGAGGAUUACUUUUGAAAUGUAUUCCAUUACAGAUUACAUGCUGUAAAAUGUAAUUUGUAACGUGUUCCAUUAGAUUACUCAAGGUCAGUAACGUAUUCUAAAUACUUUGGAUUUAAAUCAAAUUUAUCUUGUUUUAAGGAUUUUUUAUAUAUUUUUACAGGAAAACAAUACAAAAAUGAUCAAGAAUACGAUUUUUGCCCUAAUAUCAAAUGAAAAAAGAAAUGAUGAUCCAACUUGAAUUUCCUUGAUAAAGAAAUAUGAAUGUCCUUGUAACAUGUGCAUGUAAUAUGGCUAGAAAAAGCAUUUUAACUUAGCGUAAAGCUGACAAUUUACACAAGGAUUAUUUCUAUUUCUUCUGCUCCAAACUUCAAACAUACUUCUCUGUCUGCUCGUAUGAAUGUACCACAUCAUAAGAACGUGUUUCACUGCUGUUCAAAUGCACUUUGGAUCACAUCGAUUAUAUGUAUAAAUGUUUUCCAUCUGAAAGGAUUAAAUAUUA